GGGGAGGUGGGAGGCACAGGUGCAGGGCAGGGCAGGGUGAGGACUGCAAGACCCCAGGUCCUUUGCCAUACAGAUUUCUAUAGUUUGUGGGAUGGGGGUGAAGAAGUUACAGAUUGAUUGACAGGUAAAGGUGGUGCCAGCUUCCCCCAGGGGACGUGACUAUCCAGACUUAGGUAUGUGUGGGGUCUCUUAGCCCCAAGCCUUAUCUUGCUCCAGACCCCAUUUGUUUAUCUUGUAAAACAGGUGAAUGACAAGAGGCAGUUCAAGUUGAGGUAGUUGCCCAAGGUAAUUUACAGGCCCUUCCUGUAAGCACUAGGAACCCCUUGUAAAACAGAUAGUGACCGGAGACAGGCAAUUAACCAAAGUCAUGUAUGGGUGUUUUCCUUAGGCACUGUGGACCCCCUCCCCCCUCCCAGGCCUUGGGAUGACCACACAGUCUCAAAGGCUUUCUUUCCCAGAGUUCCAAACGACGUAAGGGCUCCCCUCCUCCGUGUUAGCACGGUGUCUCUGGUGAUCUUAUGCCACUGGGCUAGGAACUGCUGAGUCGGUGGGUGAGACGAGUCUCCCUUCUCCCUGCCUCGGUUUACUGUCGGUCCCACCUAACAAACCUGCCUCACACCCACCGCACCGGCCUGUCCCAGUUUCUAGUCUUCCUUUUCCCAAUGCGACACUGCACCGCAGCGUGUUCAGACUGGCUUCCCUUAGCAGUGGGCAUUUAGCAUCAAGCGCUGCGGUUCUGCUGCUGGCCAGCGCAUCCCUUCCCACGGACGUAUUCCCCGACACGAAGCACGCAGUCUGUUUAUCCAUGCAGCUCUGGGCACAAGCGUGAGGGCGCGCUCUCUGCGCGGGCACGCACUCCGCGGCGACGGCACAGCAGCGCCCUCCGGCACGCGCGCACCUGUCCCCUCUGACCCACCGGCGCACCCGGGGGCUCAGGAUGCGGACCACGGGACAACCCCGGAUCGCGCGACGCUGCCGCCCACGCUCUUCCGCCCGGUUCCAACAUGGCCACGAGGAGUCCUCAAUCGCGCAGGCCCGGGCCCUCCGCAGUCUAGAAUCCGCUUCCGAGCUCAAGCGCGCACCGCAGCGAGGCCGCCCGGGGAAGCCGGCGGGCGGCGGGGGCGGGGCCAGCGGCGAGGCCGCCCGAGUGACGACGACCUGCCGCGGGCCCGAGCCAGGGCGGACCGAUGUUUCGCGGGCCCGCCCGUGGCGGAGCCGUUACCGCGGCGCGCCGGAAGUCGCCGUAAGCCGGUGUCCUGGCCGCUCCUGCAGAGAGCGAGCGCCCGUCCGGUCGGCGACGCCAUGGAGCCCGGGGCAGCCGAGCUGUACGAUCAGGCCCUGCUGGGCAUCCUGCAGCACGUGGGCAACGUCCAGGACUUCCUGCGCGUGCUCUUCGGCUUCCUCUACCGCAAGACCGACUUCUACCGCCUGCUGCGCCACCCCUCCGACCGCAUGGGCUUCCCGCCGGGGGCCGCGCAGGCGCUGGUGCUGCAGGUGUUCCAGACCUUUGACCGCAUGGCCCGUCAGGACGACGAGAAGAGGAGGAAGGAGCUGGAGGAGAAAAUGAGGAGAGAGGAGGAGGCGGCGGCGGCAGCAGCCGUGGCAGCGGAGGCGGCGGAGCAGGAGCUGGUCCCUGCCCCAGUGCAGGAGGUGGAGGUCAACUCCACCGCGGACGCGGCUGUGGACGGGCCUGUGGGGCCUUCUGGCCAGCCGGACGCUGCGCAGGGCGCCGUGCAGGGGGCGGCCCUGGGCUCCCAGGAGGACGCUGAGCCACCCGGCUCCGACAUGGGUGCUGCCCAGGCCUCGAGGGAACCCCCAGCUCCUCCCAAGAGGCAGGAGCAGUUCCAGAGGAACCCCGACAGCUACAACGGGGCGGUGCGCGAGAACUACACCUGGUCCCAGGACUACGCCGACCUGGAGCUCAAGGUGCCGGUGCCCGCCCACGUGCUGAAGGGCCGGCAGGUGUCGGUGGCCCUCAGCAGCAGCUCCAUCCGGGUGGCCGUGCUGGAAGGCCAAGGGGAGAGGGUCCUCAUGGAGGGGAAGUUCACCCACAAGGUCAACACGGAGAGCUCCCUGUGGAGCCUGGAGCCCGGCAAGUGCGUGCUGGUGAGCCUGAGCAAGGCGGGCGAGUACUGGUGGAGCGCCGUGCUGGAGGGCGAGGAGCAGAUCGACAUCGAGCAGAUCAACAAGGAGCGCUCCAUGGCCACGGUGGACGAGGAGGAGCACGCCGUGCUGGACAGGCUCACCUUCGACUACCGCCAGAAGCUGCAGGGGAAGCCGCAGAGCCACGAGCUGAAAGUCCACGAGAUGCUGAAGAAGGGGUGGGACGCCGAAGGCUCCCCCUUCCGCGGCCAGAGGUUCGACCCGGCCAUGUUCAACAUCUCCCCGGGGGCCGUGCAGUUCUAGGGCCCAGGAGAGGGGGCCCCGCAGCCCCCGGCCCCACCCCGCCCUGCCCCCCAGGACUGUUCCAGAGCAGGGCGGGGCUGCGCCGAGGGGGGCUGGCCAGCGGGGGAUGUCCCCACGGGCAGCGCCGGCCCUGUGGGCCCCCUGCUGCCCCCGCGCUCGCCGCUGACCUGUAGCUUGCUUGUUCUCGUGCUGGGGGAGGCGGGUGGGGGGGCUGCGAGGAGCAGGGCAAGCGGUUUGGGGAGCAGCCUCCUUCGCCGGGCACAGCCCCCCGAGUCCCGCUCACUUGCUCAUGUGUGACUGCUGCCUGGGGCCGGGACCGCCGUCCCGCUGUCGGUCCCGGUUCUGGGAGGAAGCCCUGUGGCUGCCCGCACGGCAGGACCUCUGACCUCUGACCUCUGACCGGGCGCCCACGUGAACCGCCCCGGCCCCACGGGACCAGACGUGUCAGCAGCGCCGCCCCGGCGCCCUCCGGACCCAGCCCGUCGCCGGGACGUGGCCCCACAGACUGGCACCGGGGAACAGGGGGCCUGUUGGGAGGUGAUCCUUCCGGAGACUUCCGCCUCAGUGGUGUGCGUGCGUGGGGGCCGGUUUGUCACUGUCACUUCUGCUCGAAGAGUGUCCCCCUGGGGCCUGGGGGCCGUUGUGGGGGGGGCACGGACGCCGGCCGGGGGUGCGCCCCUGGGGCUCAGAGCCCUGACCUUGCCCAUCCCCGUGGCUGGGCCGGGGCGGCUGAGACCCCGCCGCAGGCCU